AUUGUAUCCAACCUUCUUUACGUGUUGUAUAUAUAAGGUGUAUUCGGCAUUAUAUUUUGUACAUUGCACUUUUUUCAGCACAACGUAUCAUAAGUUGUAACCUUACACUCUCAACAUGCAGAUUACAUUAGUGGUGUCGUCGCUUUUAUUGGCCGCUGCGGUCAACGCUUUCCCACAGAGCCUUGAAUCCAAAGCCGCUAUUAUCAGUCAAGAGCAAGUAUUAAACCUAGAUGGAACAUUCAAAAACACGUUUGAAACUGAAAACAAAAUCAGACAAGAACAAAUUGGUUAUCUGAAGCAAGGUCCUGCUUCCAAGGAUGGUCCAGGCGUUGUUCAAGUUAUCCAGGGUGGCUAUUCUUAUGUAGCACCCGACGGCACAGUAAUUAGCACAGGUUACACCUCUGAUGAGAAUGGAUUUCAACCGGCUGGCUCUCAUUUGCCCACUCCUCCUCCAAUCCCAGAAAAAAUCCAAGAAUCUCUGAGACUUUUAGCUUCUUUGCCUAGUACACCGGAGCCACAAUACCAAUAAUGACUUAUUCUGGCUAAAUUAAUUUUACAUUUCAUCCUUGGUUGUUUUUUAUAUCAUUGUAAAAUAUCUAUGAUCUGUUUUCUGAUUUCUAUUGUUAACUAUCUAUGUAACUUUUAAUGAACUACAUAUAUAUAUAUAUAUAUAUAUUUAUACAUAUAAUUAACCAGAAAAAAACAUGUAGUUUUUUUUAAAACUUUUUUACGAACUCUUGUCAAUGAUAGACUUUUAAUCCUUCGUAGUCACCAUAAAAACAUACUACUGAAACCCCAGUGAAGUAAAAAUUAUAGUGCUGUCAAAUAAAAAACAACUUUUUUUUUCUGCAACAAAUAUUUAACAAUUUAAGAAAAAAACUUUUUUUGAUUUGUAUCACGACAAAAUCCCGUUGCUUGUAUAUUGAAGUUUUAAAAUUAAUCAAAGCCCGGUUUUUUGAUAAAAAUACGUUCGCACACGUGUCUAUCUGUUAAAUGCGAAUGCGACUAACGCAGAGAACACUAAGCCUGCGUCUCACCACCGUGUCGCUGCUACAAUAUUAUUCUUUUCUGUACCUUAAAUAUUCCAUCAUAUAACUUCUAUCUUCACAUAAUUAUUUAUUUUUCUUUCAGUGUUGGGCACUGGUUCCAUUCCCUCUUUCCCAAUCCAACCUUUAAUCCCUUCAAUAUAUCGGUUGAAGUGUUAAUAAAUUAAAUUACGUAUAUACCGGAACACUCUUUAGUACACAAUUCUAUUUUAUCAUUUAGGUUUUGAUACACGACUGAAAACUUAGUUGGUUAGUACAUGCAAGAUAGUGUUAUAGUUAUGUAUUUAGAACAAUUUGGAUUAUGGACAUCAAAGACACAAUUAUAUACGAGCUAGCUGUAGGAACAGCUGCUGUUCAACAUUACAUGUAUAAAGAUAUGUUUAAGCAAAUAUAUUAAUCAUAAAGUAACGAUA